UGGUCAGACACUGACAUCACAGCAUGCGCUGGUGAAGAGAGGGUCUGGCCUUUUUUUCUUCUCCUUUUCGUGUGGAUUAAUACGACUGAAGCUGAGAGAACUGUUUAGUCUGUCAUUAUUUUUUGGGACAGAUUGACCUAAACUGUCAUGGCAAAUACAUCCUCUAUCUUCUUGCUGACGUUUCUUGUUGUGGGAAUGGCACAAGGACAGAAACAGCGGAAAGAUGACCAUAACAAUACAGGCGCUAUAAGGCCAAGGACUUUCCAGGGUUAUGCCAUCCCCAUUCAGCUUCCUGUUCUACCAAAUUCAACAGAAAUGCAAACACGCUCCAUUGGAGUUGCUGUUCCAGAACUUAAACUGUUGACCAACAGCAGUGCUUUGUACCUCAGGAGUUCAUUGAGCACAAGAGCCAUCCCAUCAAUCUAUGUGGUAGCGAUUGUCAUUGGAGUCCCUGCCAACAUUGCCACUUUGGUCUCAAUUGGCACCAAAGUGCGUGUGGUAUCUGCAGCCAUCUUGUGCUGCAGCCUGGCAGCUUCAGAUCUUCUUCUUCUACUCAGCCUGCUGCUCAAAGCGCAUUACCACUUUUCGGGCAACGACUGGCCAUUUGGCGAAGCUGCGUGCCGCCUCACCACUGCCUGCUUUUAUGGCAACUUAUAUUGCUCAGCACACACACUAGCAUGCAUGAGCAUCAAGCGCUACCUAGCUGUGGUGCACCCCUUCUUUUACAAACGCCUUCCCAAGCGCUCCUGCACAGCCUGGUCCAGUCUAGGUGUCUGGCUUGUGUUUUCAUUGGCAAUGUUGCCCAGUCUUCUAGUCCAUCAGAGCUACCAUAUCCCUCAGCUAGGAAUCACCACGUGCCAUGAUGUCCUUCCUUUAAAUGCUAGUACUCACAACUUCUUGGUGUAUUAUAACAUAGGGUUUACAUUAUUUGGCUUCCUGCUUCCCUUGCUUGUGACCACAGCAUGUUUUGGCUCAAUUGUAUGGCAUUUGAACCGUUCACACCAUGACUGGAGCCUCUACAUCAAGGCCAGCACGUUGGUCUUUCUGAUCUUCGUCAUGUGUUUCAGCCCAAGCAGCUGCAUACACUUUCUACACUAUCUGCGCAUAUACACGAGCGAAGACGACAAUUUCUACACCUACUUCAAUGUGGUGGUCUGCCUCUGCUGCCUCCACUGCUGUCUGGACCCAUUUCUGUUUAUGCUUGUGUCUAGGUCAACAGGUUCCAGGCUUUAUUUUAUGACUCACAAGGGAAAGAUGCUCAGCAUUUCCACUUAAAUUUGGACAUUUAUCUAUAUUUAUACCACUCUAACAAUUCGACAAAUGCAGACCAUGCAGAGGAUAGUGCAAAUAAGCUCUGUUCUAAAUAGGGGUUCAUCUCUGGACCAGAAAGAAAAUGAAACCAGCUAGCUUCAUUUCAUGUCAAUGUCGCAGGAGUAUCCUUGAAGUGUUCUGAUCAUUAUUUCUUACAGACUCUUUCAAGUAUCACACACAGCAUGGAGAAAGUGUUUGCUAAUCCCAGAUAUAACAAAUGCAAUGUGUAUUUGUGCCACUAGACAAAUUUGGAUACUGGAGUAGAAUCAGUUUUAAGGUUAAAUUUUUUUUUCAUCGCUGCAACAGUAGGAAACUGGAAUUAGCAUUCAGAUCAGGUGUGCAAAGACUCAGCUAUUUGGUUUCAAACAGUUAUCCAUUAUACAUGAACAAAACAUUGAGUGCCAUUUGAAUAGCCAGGACUAUAAAGGGCACAUUGUACUGCUGUGAUGUGUGUGUGUGUGUGUGUGUGUGUGGAAAGUGUGGGCAAGAAAGUUUUCUAAAAAAAAACUCACAUACCUUUGUCAUGAAGAGGAAACCAGAAUGUAAAUAUCUUUUGCUGUAAACAAACUGUACAUUCGCUGAUUUCUUUUUUUAGGCUGUGUGGUACCAUUGCUUUACCAACCACAAUAAAUGCAUUUCAAGA